AUAAGGAAGCAGGCGUCACCAACAGGCUGCUUUAUAAGGAAGUGAGCUCUCUGGUUCUUUGUUGUUGCUGCAGAGAGAAGUCAGCCUGACAACAUGAGAGCUCUGGCCCUGCUUGUGUGCCUGUCAGUCGGCUGCCUGGCUCAGAGGCCCCAGCCAUGCUCCUCCCCAGCUUUGCUGACUGGUUCCCUUACUAUAGUGAGUUCUCACUUGUCUCUUUGCCAAAUAUACAGUAUUUAUGAUAAUAGUAAAUAUCUAAUGCACAUUUCUUUUCAGUCGACCCAAGAUGAGAAAUGGGUAGCCGUUGCCAAGUACAUUUAUGAUGCCCUGGGAGAGCGUAUACGUCUUAGAGAAAUCGGAUCCUACGAUAACAAAACUUUCACUCUGAAUGUGCUUCUUCUGUACAGACAGGGAGUUCUGUACAAGAUCAGCGAGAGAAACAAAACCUGCGAGAAGAAGCGUCUGAACAGAGAUUUCCAUCCACUGGCCAUUCCAAAGGAUGCUAACCUGCUGGGUCAGGCUGUGUUGGGCAGCUCUUCAGGACCUGGACAGGGAGUCCUGGUAAACACAUGGAUCGGCCAGUUAGAGAUGAAAAACAGAACAGCAAAGUACAUGAGCACUGUGACUGAGUUUGGCUGUGUUCCAAUCAGCACUCUGGUCCAUACACCAAAAAAUGGAUGGAUGGUGACCAGUUUCUACAACAACGUUAUCGGCCUGCGUGAUCCUCAGCAGCUCAUCCCACCAAGUUUUUGUAAGGAUGCAAAACUUGACAAAAACCAAGAGGAGGAUCCUGUCGACUUCUACAGCUUGUUUUAGUAGAUCCUUCUUAGAAAUAUAGCUCGGUAUGAUGAUGGCUGUGUGUGAUUCUAUCCGGAUUUCACUUUCUUGAUUAAGAGGUACUACUUAAAAAAAAUAUAAACAUUUUUUUUUUUUUUUAUCUUUUUCAUCAGUUAUUUGUUCAUCUGAUGUGUUUCAGUUUUCUACUAUAUGCAAAUAAAUAUUAAACUCGAUU